GGGUGUCACUCCCUUUUCUAUUGCAUAUAUAUUUCAUUCCAUUUUUCUCUCUUCAAAUCAAAUUCCCUCUCCUCCUUGAUCUGAUCUCGUAAUUUGUACAUUUCCCAAGUAGGAAAGCAAAUGUGAAUUGCCAAAUCCCACACACUCACUUAAGUUACUAAAAAUGGAUAAAAUCAUGGCUUCCCCAAAACAACACACGGCGGCGGAGGAUGCUCCGCCGAAGGCGAAGCGGAUUCGGGAGGCGAGCGGGGGGAGCAGCAAGCACCCGCUCUACCGCGGCGUGCGGAUGCGGAAUUGGGGGAAAUGGGUGUCGGAAAUCAGGGAGCCGCGGAAGAAAUCCAGGAUCUGGCUCGGGACGUUUCCCACGCCGGAGAUGGCGGCGCGUGCGCACGACGUCGCCGCUCUCAGCAUCAAGGGCACCUCCGCCACGCUCAAUUUCCCCGAGCUCGCGGCCGCGCUGCCCCGCCCCGCCUCCCUCAGCCCCCGCGACGUCCAGGCCGCGGCGGCCAAGGCGGCGGCGAUGGAUAAAUUCGAGAUUCUAUCGCCGGCGACGUCGUCGUCUUCGUCGUCGUCGUCGAUCGAUAUUUCGGCGGCGUCGGAGGAGCUGGGCGAGAUCGUGGAGCUGCCGAGCUUGGGGUCGUGCUUCGAUUCGGUGGAGAUGGGGACUGAUUUUGUGUACGUCGACAACGCCGCGAUUGAGGGGUGGCUGGAUCCGCCGCCGCCGUGGAGCGGCGGCGCCGCUGACGACGGUGGGGUUUCUGGACUCUUUUCGUUGUGGAAUUACUGAGACGCAAUUUUAAGUGUUUUUUUUUUCCUUUUUUUUGCGGUUUAUUUUUAAAAUUCAUGUGUAGUUUCUCGUUUAAUUAUUUAAGGGCUAAAUAUUUUCCCUUUUUUCAA